CGCAGGGUGCGGAUGUGAACUGCAUGCACGGCACCCUGAAACCGCUGCACUGCGCCUGCAUGGUGGCUGACGCCGACUGCGUCGAGCUGCUGCUGCAGAAGGGAGCGGAGGUCAAUGCCCUGGAUGGCUACAACCGAACGGCCCUUCACUACGCAGCAGAAAAGGACGAAACCUGUGUGGAAAUCCUCCUGGAAUACGGGGCCAACCCCAACGCGCUGGAUGGCAACAAGGACACCCCGCUCCACUGGGCCGCCUUCAAGAACAACGCCGAGUGCGUGCGGGCACUGCUGGAGAAUGGCGCCUCAGUGAACGCCCGCGAUUACAACGACGACACGCCGCUCAGCUGGGCAGCCAUGAAGGGUAACCUGGAGAGCGUCAGCAUCCUGCUGGACUUCGGGGCGGAGGUCCGGGUGGUCAAUUUGAAAGGCCAAAGCCCCAUCUCGCGCUUGGUGGCGUUGCUGGUUCGGGGCUUGGGGACGGAGCGAGAGGAUUCCUGCUUCGAUCUUCUGCAUCGCGCUAUUGGACACUUCGACCUGCGGAAGAACGGCAGCAUGCCCUGGGAGGUGACCAGGGAUCAGCAGCUCUGUGACAAGCUCACCCCGCUCUGCUCGGCCCCCGGUACCCUACAGACGCUGUCGCGAUAUGCCGUGCGCCGCAGCCUGGGUGUCCGGUUCUUGCCGGAGGCGGUGAAGCAGCUGCCCUUGCCCACCUGUCUGCAGGA